AGGAAAAAUUUCAGGUAAGAAUUAUAUUUCGAGUCCUUUAAAAUGGCUCUAAAAUUUUGCAAGAGCCUCACUUGUGUUUCUUGUGCCGUUUGUUGAACUCGCUUUAUCAUCCGUACUAGAGAUAUUCUACAAGUUUUAAAUCUAGAGUUUACUCUAUUCUUUAUUUGCAAUUUUUUGUACUUUACAAAAUCAGUAAAAAUGCAUCAGUGUAAUACAUGUGAUAAAAUUUUUGCUACCAUCAGCAGCCUAAACUUACAUACGAAAAUUCAUACCGGUAUUCAGUUUAGUUGUGAAGUGUGUUCGAAAACAUUUAAUAGAAAAAGUACUUUAAUAAGACAUCGUUUGAUACAUAACAAUCCAAAAACGUUGAAAUUAAACGGAAGAAGUCUUGUUAAACCUAAAAUUAACGAAUCGGUGCUAAAUGAUGUUCUGCCUUAUUGCGAACCCUCGACUUCUGCCCACGUAAAUAAAGGUGAAAAAAGAGUGUACGAGUUUGAUAACUGUUGGGAUGACAGCGAAGUAGACAGACUCUGUCUACAAGCAGAUUCCAACGAAAUAAAUGUUACUGUAAAUAAUAAGCCGAUGCAAAGUAUUUCUAUACCCUACUGUGAACCGUCUACUUCUACCAACGUAAACAAAGGCGAAAAAAGAACGUAUGAGUCCGACGAUUGUUGGGACGACAGCGAGAUCGACAGACUCUGUCUUCAAGCAGAUUCUAAAGAGAGAAAAACCAAGAAAUUCCGAAUGAGCAAUAUUAAUGAUAAUAGGUUUAGUUUAAUACAAAAAGCAUUCGGGGGGCUUCACAAGACUUUUUAUAAGAAAAAUUUAAAACAAACUCUUAAUUAUGAAACAUUUCUGGAGGAGACAAGACUUGAGUUAAUUAAAUUACUCAAAAAUUUACUGAAUGAGAGCCCAAUUAAAUAUAGCUUAAAAUUAGAGUCUACCUACAUCAUACCGAAUAACGCCGAAGUUAAAGAAAAUAGGUCUUUUAAAACAACAUCAAGAAGUUUGUAUGUAUCGAGUCCGAUUAACGAGUUUCUGAAUGAAGACUUCACAAAACUUUUACUAGAACAAGAAGAGUACCAGGGUAAAGGAAGCGGUUUUACGCUUGAAAAAAUUGAUGGAAUUCUUUUAUAUACCGAUAAAUACACACCUUUUGGUGGAGGUAGUUAUUUACCUCUUCCUAAAGAAAUCGAAAGUAAACGUUCAACUAUAAAUGUCAAAAACGAUGAUGAUAAUAAUUGUUUUAUUUAUAGUAUAAUGACGAAAACCAUCAACCCAGUUAACGCCUCUCGUAUAACGCUCCAGAAGAAACAUUUUGAAGAAAAUGGACACAAAUACAACUUUUCAGGGCUUACUAUGCCUUUGACUCUUGAAGAAAUUACAAAAUUUGAAAAACAGAACAACAACGUAUCAGUAAACGUCUAUGGACUGAAAAAAGGUAUUGCAACAUACAAAAAUAGAACAAAGAAAAAUCAUCCACAAGUAGAAAAAAACAUUGUAAUUCCUUUAAGAGUGUGCAAGGAUGAAAAACCCGAUCAUUUCGAUCUUUUAAUGAUUUCAAACGAGGCUGGCCAGAGACAUUAUUGUUACAUAACCGAUCUGGCUAAGCUGGUACGAUCAUCGAUGACGUCAUUUUGUUCUAAAACUGUUAUAUGUAGAAGAUGCUUUAAAACUUACAUUUCCAAGCCAGGAAAACCCAGCAAAGAAGAACUUCUACGUCAACACAAAGAGCGUUGUAGAGUUAACGAGCCUAUAACACCAGUUAUGCCUGAGUCUAACACAACAACCAAAUUUGAAAACUGGGCCAAUACUGAACGGCAUCCUGUUGCCAUUUACGCGGAUUUUGAAGCUGUUUUGUUCAAACACGACUCUGAAGAAUUGCAUAAUACCCAAAUAACUCAUGACCAUGAACCCAUGAGCUACUGUUAUUAUGUUAAGGCUAAAGAAGACAUACCAAUUACAUUACUACAGCAGUUUUCAAUUCCAACGUCUCCAGUGUUGUACAGAGGGGACGGUCUUGGAGAAAAGGGUGCGGUGGCUAAACAUUUUGUUCAAGAAAUUGUUAAAGUAGCUCGAAAUAUAUCGGAAAUGUUACAAGUCAACAUGCCAAUGACUUUUAAGCAUGCUGACGCGAAAAAACAUAACGAUAUAGUAAAACGGGGUUCGUGUCCUUUAUGCUCUAAAAAAUUCUCCACAAACAAUCAACCAGUGCGUGAUCAUGAUCAUUUAACUUCUAAUUAUCGACAGACAAUUUGUAAUGAGUGUAAUUUAAAUUUAAAAUCUCCUAAAUUCGUGCCAUGUUUUUUUCAUAACUUAUCAAAUUAUGACAGUCAUUUCAUUGUAACACAGCUAGGAUAUGAUGAUAAACCGAUAAAUGUUAUACCUAACACCGAAGAAAAAUUUAUUUCAUUUUCAAAGUAUGUUACUAAAGAUUUUAAAAUAAGAUUUGUAGACAGCAACAGAUUUAUGGCAUCUAGUUUGGCAAAACUAACCGAAAAUUUGGCUAAAGGGGAUGUUGAAAAAUUCAAAGAGACAGCAAAACAUUUUCCUCAAACAGAUAUAGGUCUUAUUACUCGUAAAGGUGUUUACCCCUACGAGUAUACAGACUCAUUCGAGAAACUUAACGAAACAUCGCUACCAUCUAUAAAUGAGUUUUAUAGUUCUCUAAAUGAGA